AUGCCGCCGGGGAGACGGGCUGGUCCCAGUGCCGGGGGAGAAGCGGUGCCGGUGCCAGGGAAAGGGGGGGAGAGGAGGAGGGUCAGUCCCGGUGCCGGGGAAGGACCGGACCCUGUGCCGGGGAAGAAGAGACGGUGCCGGCGCUUAAGGAGGCCGGCCGGUCCCGGUGCCGGGAUCCCCGGACUGAUACCGGUGCCGGGAGAGGAGGGCAUCUACGUCUGUGCCAAGUGCGGCCAUGAGCUGUUCUCCAGCCGGGCGAAGUACGAGCACUCGUCCCCGUGGCCAGCCUUCACCGAGACCGUCCACGAGGACAGCGUGUCCAAGUGCAUGGACUGGCCGGGGGCUUUAAAGGUGUCUUGUGGCAAGUGUGGCAAUGGGCUUGGCCACGAAUUCCUCAACGAUGGGCCGAAGAGGGGGCAGUCCCGUUUCUGAAUAUACAGCAGCUCGCUGAAGUUCGUCCCAAAAGUGAGGAUUGAUGGCUGCCUCAAAAGGCAGGUUUUUCCUAUUGUUUUAUGCACCAGUGAUUAA